AUGGUAGCCUUGCGACUAUACCAGUCCAUUUUUCGCUUCGAGUGCGAUGUGGACAUGCUGCGAGGUGCGGCUGAAGCACUGGAGAUGGCCCGACAAGCAUGUUGCUUCGCAUCAUUGAAGAAGUGCUGGACCUCCAAGGGCCGCUUUCAGUCCUUCCUCCGCGGCGUGCGGCGUUGGCCCUACGCGCAGGGUGGCGUGCAACAGCCAGCGCAUCAGCUGGAUGUGCUUCUUGGGAUGAUGGGUUCCAUUGAGCGUUUGGCAAGGGCUGCUUUACCUGAAUCCGUCACAGUCGCUGAAGCCGGGGAUGCAACCCGUGAUGCACGACUGCAGCGCGCUACGCGCAGUCGUGCGGCUUUGGAGUCCUUCCAGAGGGACAGGGCGACUGCUCGGCGGUAUCGACACUGGGCCAGCCAGGACACCUUGCAGCACUUAACAGCUCGUUCACUGGAGCUUUUGGAAAGCUUGGAUCAACUCGCUCACAGCUUUCCCGCAGAAAUUGGAUCCAUGCCUUUUCAGAUGCUGUAUCCUGAAAAGCUUUCCCCACUUUGCCAACCCUCAAGCAGACUACUUCCGCCCGAGAAGCGUUGGUUUCGAAGCCACGUGGAUGGCACGCGCUACUACGGCCCCUGGCCCAGCGUGAAGGAUUUGCUCUUGCGAUGGUCGGAGCAGGGUGGGCAGCUGAGUGGAUGGGUGCUGAAUCUGGGGGCUGGAGACGGCAGCUGCCAAGGAGGAGACGAUUAUGACCCGGCCAACUGCUUGGUGCACUCUGGCUGGUCUGGCCUCCAAGUCGAGCAAGAUGAGGCGCUAGCAGCGCAGGUCACGGCAGCGGCGACGGGCACGGUGCGGACGCUGCAGAUGGAAGUGACCCCAGAGAACGCAGGCGCGGUGGCAGAGGCGGCCGCCGACUUCGGAGGACGUCCGGAUCUUCUGAAAUUGGAUUUGGAUCAUGCCGAUUGCGCGCUCUUGACAGUACUUCUGGAGGCCUUUGAGCCUUUGGUGCUGCACUUGGAGAUCAAUCCGCUCUUUCCGCCGCCCUUUGUCUAUCGUGAACACUGGGGAGGAAGGAAUUGGAGCUUGCCUUUGGAGACCUCCCAUCACUUGAUCGGCUGUUCCCUCCAAGCGAUGAUCGACACCACCCGAAAGCGUUGGGGCCUCCGCGCCCUCCCAGAGGCCUAUUGGUUGCAUCACGUGGAGUUCGAAAAUGCCGUGUUGGUCCAUCCCGACGCUGCCCGUGCCUUGCCCCAGUUUCAGGGCUCCUGGGCGCAGUCUCCGGCCGAGAUUUGGGAUCUCUAUGUGGCUGGCUACUUUUGCCAUCCUUUGCGCGGGAUCCUGUCCAUGCGCGAAAGCAUUGCGGACUACGACUUCCGCUCCUGGAUGGAUUUGCAGCUGCCAAUGGCCCAUCGAGGAGCGAGGAUGCAACGUUUUCUGCAGCGCGAGUGGCUGAAGACCCUGCGAAGAGAUAAGGCGGAAGAUGAAGAUCACUUGCCGAUGAGAAGGCUCCUGAACGACACCCGGCUCACCGUCGACCGCUUGGUGACGCGCUCGAGUCCAUCCCGACGGCAGGAGCUCCAACGUGAGCAUGAAGAGCUACGGAGGGACUUAGAGGCGAGCACCAGGUCGCUUGAAGACCGUUUGCGCCUCGUGCUCGAUUGUCAAGGACCUUUGCAUCGAGCACUUUGCAUCCAGGAGCUGCGGCACUGCGAACUGGCCGUGCUGAUGUGCCGUCGCUUGGAGACCUUGGCAGAAGAGGAGGCCAAUUGGUCCAUGGAGUACAAGUCGGCCUUAAUGUCCGAAGGGCGAGACAUGAGGAAGGUGAAGCUCAAGAGUGAGACGAUCGUUCUGAGGAACCGCCUCCACAAGCUGUGUUUUAACUCGACUGGUGGCCGGAGUCUCAAAGAGGACAUGGCCUGGGGAGCCUUGCAUGCGCGGGAGAUCUUCACAGUGACCAGUGCUCGGAAAGAGGUGGAAUGCCUUCGUCAGAAGGUGGCCGCUGCCACCUUGGCGAUGCACCGCGACACUCACCCCAAGCUGGAUGCCAUCAACAGCGAGCGUCACGCCAUCCUCAAGACGGUGAAAGAACAGGUCCAAGAGGCUCAACGGAUCUUGGAGGAGUUCGCCACCUGGGCCAGUCGGGUGGAAUCCUCUUUGGUCCUUUUCGCCACAUCGAAGCCCUCUUGGUGUGCUCUGGCCGCAGCCGAACCCAGUGCGUUGAUUGAAGAGGCCACCAGGUUGAGGCAGGUCUUCAACAAAAUCAUCCAAGCCACCAAGAAGAAGGUGCCAGUGCCUUCCAAAGAGGCCGGCCCAAAACGCCGGCCCAAGAGCGCGUCGCAGGCGACCAACUCUGGAAGCAAGGAGGAGGAGGAGGGCCGCAGGGGCUCCUUUUGA